AAAGUCCUCAGUGAUCUGUUCCUAUUCGCCUUUUUGCGCAAGACUUGGGUAUGGUGCUGUGGCUCCUUCGUCAACACGCUAGGUGCGACUGAGGUCGCCCGUGCUACACGCUCCCCGCACUGUCACGGCCGCCGCUACAGGUGCCAUGUUGCUCUCUACUUCUGCUACGGCCUCUACUCGCCCGACCCCAAGACAAACAACCUCAACUUCUUCCGUUUCAGCUCAGGAAGCCUAUGCAGACUCUCGCACACAUGGAUAUCAAGGACCAACUCGUCAUGUCAGGCUCCCCCGAGCAACAGCUGGUGGGAGCGCCGCGAUCGCUAAGAGUGAAGACAAGGACCGUUGUGUGAUUGCUGGUCGAGAGUCUUUGCGGAUCCUGCGCAUCAGCCCACCUGAAUCUGCAGAGGCCGGGGGCACCGCUGAACACAGGUUUGCUGCGGGUAAGGGCGGAUUCCGAGUAGAGGCAUCGAGGAACUUCUGGGACGGCAGUGGUCUCCAUAUCGAUAGCGCAAACACCGAUGUUGUGUGGGCUCAUGGUAUCUACAGCAACAAGAUACUCACCAGCGCUCGGAAUGGCGAACUCAUUAUGUGGGACUUACACAAGUCCGGCCCGUCUAAGUAUGAACGGAGGACCCGCGAUCACUCUCGUUCGAUACAUGCAUUGUCGUAUUCCUCCAUUCUUGAGAAGUAUUGUGUGACCGGAUCCGCUGAUGGCGAUCUCCGAGUGUGGGACCUCCGAGAUUUAUCGAAGUCUAUUAUGUGGAUCCGCCAUCCGGGUCCUGUACGUGCCGUCGUAUUCUCGCCGAUACAGGGGCACCCGCUGCAGGCCAUAUCCGCGUUGGAUAAUGGCGGUAUAUACAGAUGGGAUCUAAGCAUGGGCCAGCGCGGCCAGCUAGACCGAAUACUAGCUGCACACAGUGGCCCCAUCCUAACGCUCGAUUGGACAAUAUCUUCUAGCUCAGCGUCAUCAUACCGAACCUCACAGAGUCAUUGGUAUGGAUCUUCGAGUACCGCUUUAGGCCUUCUGGACGAGAUCAUUCCUGGAUCAGGUGGCCUCCAAGGUGCGACGAGUCUUCCCAGCGGCGAAGUAGACGCUACAGGAAUGGGAUGGCUGGCAAGUGGAGGUUUAGACCGCUGCGUGAAGGUUUGGGAUCUUACGGCCCCCAUGGGAGGAUCCCAUAUAUCCUAUGACCCCGCAUACACCUUACGCACUGCGUACCCCGUACGGCGUGUGCUCUGGCGCCCUGGGUACGAAUGCGAGUUGGCCGUCGUAGCGCACACGGAUCAAGGCGUCAACAGCAGCGUUGAUUUACAUACUGCCGGAGGCGGGCAGCUCGCCCCUCCGAGCGUAGUAACUGGGGGUGGUGCAGGUUUCAUGAGCGCUCUCUCCAGCCCUCGGAUUGGACCUGCGGGUCUCAGUAUUGAGAAUCAUGAACCAGCGCAGACGCAGGGGCCACUGCGAAACGAUGGAGGCGCCCCUGUCGAGAUCUGGGAUGUUCGCCGUGGUUUUAUAGCCAAGUGGGUCAUCAAUGACUCAAUCGGAGAGGGUGGCGUAUCAGAUAUUGCCUUUGCCGACUCUCAUGCUAUAUGGGCUCAGCAUUCGUCGGGAACGUUCUCGCAACUUGAUUUACGCGCCAGCUGCAAACCGUUGGAUGCGGUGUCGAGUACGGCAGUCACUUGGGACCCGAUAGGAACCCUCGCCUUCGUGACCGAUCAACGUAAACGCUGGGAAGUUCCCUACGACGACGUUAAACCGGAGAAACGCCAAGUUGCACAAGAAUGGCAUAGCGUCUCGAAAGCCAAGGGGGAUCCGCCAUUCAUGCCUACGGCGCAGACGUGUGGCACGAUCACGCUCGAUGCUAUAGACGAUUUGACGGCUUUUGUCCACCUGGCCCAAAAUUUGGUAUAUGAGGGAGGCGAUAGACGCAGCAUAUGCGCACACAAUGCGAAGGUGUCACUGCACGCAGGCAAAAUCGACGCUGCACAGACAUGGCUUAUGUUAGAUAAUCUUCUCAUGGAUCUCGUUGCUGAUGUCUCCAAAGUGACGUCGCCUGCCUCUCAGGUGACUCCUAACUUGCCUCAUUGCGCAUCCGCGCCUGCAGCUAUCCCGACCUUACAAACCGCGUCGACCCCCGGCCUACCCCAGAGAUCAGUGUCCACGGACACAAGCGGGGUGACUAGAGGUCAGAGCAGGAGCCCGAGCAUCUUUUCCAAGGAGAACGUUGAGGGAUCAUUGACCUUAGGUCGACAUUCUCCCCAUCCUGAGACCCCUGCGUCCUCAACCGCGUCGUCACCGCGGAAGUCUUCCACCUCUCUUCCUCAAUUUCACCCCACGUUACUCUCAAGGCGUGAGUCUAACGCGGGUCAGAGCCAAGUGACUCGUCCUAGACUGUCAUCUUCGUAUCGCCGGCCUUCGAGUUCGCUCCUGUCUUCCCCUAGCCUACGCAGCACCCACAGCGAUCCACCUAACGAUGGUGCUCGAGGGACUUCGAGCUUGAAACAUGUUGGAGAAGGCGCCUUGGACGACUCUGACUCGUCCGAAAGCGAAGAGGACUUCGCAUUGGUAGUUCCAUCAAGGAGCGGCAGUGAUGAUGAAGACGCGUCACUCUCGCGCUCGCUCUAUCUUCAUAGACCGAAUACCGCUGUACACCCAAGCCCGCUGGCCCAUCAACCGACAUGGACGGAGGACGAGGACGACAACGACGACGAUUCGCCGUCGCCUGGAUCCAGCAGUGACUCUGAUGAUGCUGAGCCUUCACCGAAAACGAAAGCUGGGCGAAUGCGCACCAAGGGUUCCGCCCGCAGCCGGACGCGCAGUCGCAGUUCCACGGUCGCAUCAUUGGCUGUCCACGCCCCGAGUCCCAAGCUCGUUCGGCACUCAUCCUCUACCAGCAUCCGCACCGUCAUCGCCAGCAUCGCGCCGUGUCAGGACGAGCGAGAAGGUGAUUUACAACGACAAGAGACGGUGCGUGAUCUAAGUAAGCAACCGGUGUCGGCCAAGCCAUCUCCCACCCACAACCGUACGCGUUCAACGACCUUCGCUGACGAGGUGAAGAUUGGGCUCAGUCGCCUGAAAGCGGCACCUGUCGAGGAAAGCGCCAGCAGUGCUCAUACUCCUGCCGCGUGCAGCGAGCAUGUCAUCGAGGUGGAGAGAAGGUUUCGUGAUCUUGGGUGGAAUGCCUUGCGAGACGCUUUGGAGGACUAUGCAGAGCAGGGUGAUGUCCAGAUGUGUGCACAUUUGUCCUUGGUCGCCUCGAAGGAGCUCAAGAUCAGUGCCACGCGCACCCUGAGAUUCGUAGAUGCAUACAUCAGCACCCUGAUCAAAUUGCGCCUUCAUACCGCUGCCGCGUAUUUACGCAAGUACGUCGAUGUCGAGGAGAUACGUAGUGCAACCGCUCUCCAAACGACGAUAUAUACGUGUUGUUCACGCUGUCGCAAACCCAUACUUGCACCAGCGGGACGAUUAGGGCCGUCCGGACGACCCUUAGGAAACUAUGCAUAUUGUACCGCCUGCAAGUCUGCCAUUAGCCACUGUUCGAUUUGUCGUUUGCCUGUGCGAGCGCUUGCCUUCACUUGCUCGGUGUGCAUGCACGGGGGACAUCAAGAAUGUUAUCGAAACUACUACAUGAGACGCCCGAUGGCCUAUAUAGACUCUGGGCAGACUGUUCCGGAAGACAGAACGGCACAACCACCGAAUCCACCACUCUCGCGACCCCGAGGGCGGACCUCGUCCCGGAGCGGGUCGCUGAUGCAUGACAGUGAUUCGGACGAAGGUUCCAUUCCACGGGCAGCAGAAAGUGCAGUGAGCGGAGGGGAAGUAGAUCGACCGUAUGUCACGCUGGAGUACUCUCUGCAGGGACAUGUCUGUGCGGCGGGAUGCGGUCAUUUUUGCUGGGCUACGCGAGACCAAGCAUAGCACUGAGAGAAUGCGAUUUUCGGAGUCCGAAUGUUAGAGUAAACUUGCUCGUGGCUUGUGUGUAGGUCCAGACAAGAUAUUGGAUGGGUUCAGCGGUGCGAAA